CAUCUUUCCCUCUCUCUCCUAAAACGGCGCAAACCCAGAUCUCACUCCCCACCACCACCACCCAUGGAACCGCCAAUCAUCUUCUCAGCCGCCACCGCCACCGAUGACUCGGUUGAUUCAUUCCCAAACACGUCCAAUGCCAAGCUCCGCCUGAUGUGCAGCUACGGCGGCCACAUUGUCCCCCGUCCACACGCCAAGUGCCUCUGCUACGCCGGCGGCGACACCCGCAUCGUCGCCGUGGACCGCCGCACCACCGCCACCACCCUCUCUUCUCUCACCUCCCAUCUCUCCCGCACCCUCUACAACAACCGCCCCUUCCUCCUCAAAUACCAGCUCCCCAACGACGACCUCGACUCCCUCAUCUCCGUCACCACCGAUGAGGACCUCCACAACAUGCUCGAAGAGCUUGACCGCAUCUCAUGCUCCCUUACACCCUCCCGCAUCCGAUUGUUCCUCUUCCCCUCCAAGCCCGAGUCUGUCGGGUCGGCGAUUCUCGACCCCAAGGCUGAAUCUUGGUUCUGCGAUGCGCUCAAGAGUACGAAGAUCAUGCAGAGGGGACAAUCUGCUGAUUCGGAAUUGGUUAAUGGGUUGAUGGGUCUUGACCGUGGGGCCCCUUCUGAUUCAUCUGUGGAGGCUCAGGUUGAGAGUUUGAGGGAUUUGAGUUCUGUGCCUGAAUCGAUGGUGUUGGAGACUAGUUCGUCGUUUGGGUCGACUGGUUCUUCGAUUUCGAUGUCGAAUUUGCCUCCCAUAGGCGUUCAUGGGGACGAUGGUGGUGUCAAUUUUCAGGACAAGAAGAUUAAAGUGGCCUCACCAGGUUCGGUUGAAAGUGAUAACAGUAUUGCAAGUCCUAUGUCUCACCCACAGACUACACAGUAUCUAGACUCGGUUGUUCAUGUUCCUUCAAUGGAAACCAGGGUUUAUUCUCGGGCUGUGGAAACAGAGAAUAUUGUCAGUGAUCCGGCGUCUGCAAUUCAGAUGCUGAAAACUGUUCAAGUUCCCAUCCAUCAAGCAUCUUUGCAAUCAGAUCAGAUGCAGAUGCAGCACCAACAACAAUAUAUUCAAGCAGGUGCCCAUUACAUACCUCAAUACUCUGCAGGCCCCAUGCCAGUCUCAUCUUACUAUCCCAUGUAUUAUUCAACUAUGCUUCAGCAGCAGACACAUAACCCUUAUCAGACAAAUCAGCCAUACCCAGUUUACUUAAUGCCUGUUAGGCCUCCACAAUCUUAUAAUAUGUCUAUGCAAUGUAAUUUAGUUGACACUGCAACUACUGCUCCGAGUCAACCCCAAAUGCUUCCUCCUACAUCCGUUAUCACACCUCCGGCAGCUUAUAAAGAGGUCAUGGCACCUGAAUUGACCACAAAAGUUUACAGGACAGUGGUGGGAGCAACCCCACUCGUUCAAGUACCAUCUAAUCAAAACCUUCAACCAUUGAUGGAUCUUUCUGAGACACCUCAUCCAUCCCAAUCUGUUGCCACUGCUGCAAUAGCUACCGCUAAUUACGAUAAUGAAUACGAGGAUGAUCUUGCAUACAAUCCAAUAUACAAAACUCAACCUUCUGUGCCUGCAUUGCUUUCACAGUUCCAAACCAUGAAUAAUGCUGGAACACUACUGUUAUCAGAGGCUUCGAAGCAGCCGCACGCAGACAAUGUUAAGCAGCAGGUUGGAACCCCACAGCCGCAAUGAAGUUUUGUUGCUCUGAAAGAAGCAAUUUUGUAGGAGAUGUUUGCCUAUUUUACCUGUUGUUCCUUUACUGUUCACUAUUUGUUAUCUGUUUAUGUUGUGUGUCUAAGAAAAAAUAAGCAUGUGGAUUGUCUUUGUUUUUUUCUGAGUGUGUUAUGUUGUUCAUUUCCUGGAUGGAUAUGGAAUGUAUGAGAUUAUGUAGUGAAAGUUGUAUACAACAAUACAAGUAUUUGUUUGUUCAUUAAAUGUUUCAGUUAUUGAUCUACAUAAGAACUUCCCUUUUUCUGCUCAA